AAGGAAAUUAAGUUACCUAGCUACUUGGGAAGCAAGAAUGAGCGAGCAGCUGAACAAGAGCAUCCCCAUGACCGUUAGGUUUAUACCUACGAUUCAAACGAACAUAAACUCCCGGGAAAGGAGAACAAGGGUCUCCAAGGCCAAAUAAAGAAAAACGGAUCAAACCAAUUCUCCAUUGUGAGAUUCGUUUCAAUGGAGAGUGAUGAUGAGAAAAAAGCACUCUAUGCUUCUCCAACAUCAUCACCUCCAACACCGCCCUCACCACUUCCCAUCAGUGUUGGACCCGGCAACCAAAAGUACUUAUUCUCGCCGUCUCCGUCACUGUCGCCGCCUUUCUCCCCUCCUUCAAGCCACACGUCAGCCGAGAAUCUCCCUCUUCUGCUCCCUGAGAAGCUGCAGCCUAGUCCCAGAGUGGCACCAUCAACAUUCUCCUUGGAUUAUAGUAGGCCGGCGCCAGAUCAGUUGGAUUCCAGGAGCUCCUGCCUUACAGACUUGUUAGAGUGGUUCAUAGAAAGAUGCUGCAACUGCUGUACCAAGUCUCCUUAUCAACUAGAGAACAGAUCCUCAUCAGGAGCAGCACUCAAAGUGUGACAUAUAUAUUGGCUUGAAAGUUUUGGUAGAGAUUCAAAGCUGCAAGUGAUCACUGCUAAUUUACAUGAUUUGCUAACCUUGUCAAUUAACUAGGCCUCUUUGCGUCUCACAUGAUUUUUCUGAGUACUUUCUGUGUCAGUUCUGAGUAGAAAUGAAUGAGUGAUGUAGCUAAAUUCUUUAGCUUAAGUUUAAAUUCUUUGUACACUCACAAUAUUGUCUACAAUCUAUUUCAAAAAGUUUAUCUAUGAACUACAACUUACUCCGGCCGAA